CCUCUAACACGCGCACGCGCACAAUCCUCCACCGUCGGUCGCUCAUUUCGUUAAUCUCUCUCCUCUGCAGUCGAUAUGGCGGAGAUUAAAACGGGAAUUUUCGCAAAAAACGUCCAGAAACGUUUGAAUCGAGCACAAGAGAAGGUAUUGCAGAAACUGGGAAAAGCUGAUGAGACCAAAGACGAACAGUUUGAACAAGUGGUUCUGAACUUCAGGAGGCAGGAAACUGAAGGCUCUCGGCUCCAGAGGGAAAUGAAAUCUUACUUAACUGCAAUUAAAGGAAUGCAGCAGGCCUCCAUAAACCUGACCAAGUCUCUACACGAAGUCUAUGAACCAGACUGGUUUGGACAGGAGGAAGUGAUGAGCAUUGGGAAGGACUGUGAUGCAUUCUGGGAAGACUUUCAUAACAAACUAGUGGAUUCGACACUGUUGAAUCUUGAUGAGUAUCUGCAGCAUUUCCCCGACCUGAAGACUCGCGUGGCAAAGAGAAGUCGCAAACUGAUUGAUUAUGACAGCGCUCGACAUCACCUGGAAACUCUGCAGGCCGCUGGAAUGAAGAACGACAGGAAGAUGAUGAAGGCAGAGGAAGAACUGAAGAAGGCUCAGAGAGUGUUUGAUGAGCUAGAUGUGGGUCUUCAGGAUGAACUGCCUUCACUCUGGGACAGUCGUGUUGGAUUUUACAUCGGCACCUUCAAGAGUGUGACAAGUCUGGAGACAAAGUUUCAUCGAGAAAUUUCUCUAGUUUGCAAGCAACUGUACGAGGUUAUGACGCAACUGGGCGAGCAGCAUUCCGAUAAAAUGUUUACCAUCCAAGGAGCUCCUAGUGACUCAGGGCCACUACGACUCGCCAGAACCCCGUCACCUCCAGAAGAUAUGAGUCCACCUGAGAGUCCCGACACCAGCUCCAACCACACGCUCCGCCCUGUUUCACCUGGACCACCACGGCCCAAAUCUCCAACCCAGUUUAAAAAGGGUCCGCCUGUGCCCCCACCUCCAAAGGUCACGCCCACCAAGGAAGUGGCUGAAGAGCAGAUCAUCGAUUUGUUUGGAGGCGAGUUUUUACCCGCACCGUCACCAUCGCAGCCUAAUGAACGACCCGGAGAGUCUCUGUUGGACCUGGACUUUGAUGACUUCCAGCCUGACGAAAGUGUUUCACCCAUUCCUCAGACAGCAGUUCCCUGGGACGUGAUGUGGUCGGCAAACUGUCAAGUAUCACAGCCUGCAACAGAUGGCAGCUUUGUUGCUGACUGGUCUGCUGACUUCAGUUCCAUGGCAACAAACGGUGAAUCCUCAACCCCCGAAGCCCCUCCCACUGCUGCUACCCCACAAGACUGGUCCCAGGCCGACAGCUCUCAUUCUGCUGGAGACACUACCUCAGCCCCUCAGGAAGAUGAAGACGAUAAAGCUGAUGGAGAUGAGGAUGCCUCUGUUCAGUCAUCAUUUGCAGACUUUGAUCAAAGGGCUUCAGAACAGCCAAGGACCACCGAGGACAUAGACCAAGCUAUUACGCCCCCUGCUGUUGAAGAACAUCCAGCAGAAUCUUCAGAGGCUCCAAAAGAGAAAGAACCUGAAUCAACAGAUGAAGCUGUAAACUUGGAGCAGCAGCAGCAGCACACUGAGGUUUCUGACAGAGGAGAAUCAAACAGCAGUGAAACUGCAGCAGUAACUAUUUUUACAGAGAUCAUGUCGAUUCCAUCUGUGGUCAUCGAACCUGCCUCCAGUAACGAGGGUGAUGACGAUCGUGACGCUGACAUCAUGUCCCCUUCUGGUAUCGGUGACAACGGAGUCCUUGGUCAGAACCAGAACGUCAGUGACGUGAGUCCAUCUGGACUUCCUGAUGACUUCCUCUUUAGGGUGGAGACGAUGCAUGACUUUGAAGCUGCAAAUUCGGACGAGCUGGAGCUGAAAAGAGGUGAGGUGGUUCUGGUGGUUCCUACAGCUUCAGUAGAAGACCUGGAAGCUGGUUGGCUGACAGGAAUAAAGGAAAGUGAUUGGAUGACACUGGGGACGGCUUCUCAGAGAGGACUCUUCCCAGACACCUACGUUCGUCGUUUAGAGUAAAACUCCUUUCCUCUCCUCUCACCUCUGCAUGUUAACCAUCUACUGGUCACAGUUACAGUCUAGUCCAGGUGGUUUUGACUGAGUGUAUAUUCCAACUUUAUUUGAUUUUUACUCCUCAAACAGAUUCCAUAAUAAAUAGUUGUUCUGUCCCUCCUCUUCCUCCUGUCCCCCCUCUUCCUCCUGAAACAGGAAUAGAGUUCAAGUGUUUAGGUGUAAACGUUGUCCUAGAUUUUCAUUGUGACUGCUCCAGUGAAGUGUUGUUAGUGUGUGUGUGUGGUGAUUAAGUCUGGACAGACUCAUUAGUCUAAAUAUUCAUUUGAAGAUCAGUAGCUGUGAAAUUAAUAUUUAUUUUAUUUAUUUAUUUUGGUUUGUGUGUAAAGCCUAAACAUGUAAAGUACUGUCACCAAUAAAUAAAUGAAGUGCAGA